AUGUCCAACCGUCUCAAACAUGGCAUUCGGAAGCCAAUCGACAAGAUCAACUUAAAUGCUAAAAGUGUUACCGUCGACGUAACUAAAAACAUUACUCAAUCUCUAAAACGUCCUGUUUGGCGAAAAGGUAUGGAUGAGGAAAUAAAUGCUCUUGUGAAAAAUCACACAUGGAAUCUUGUUCCGCUAAACACAACACAAAAUGUGAUAGGUUGCAAAUGGAUUUUUCAUAUUAAAACGGAUAAAGAUAGUAAAAUUAUUCAGUAUAAAGCUCGCUAUGUUGGUACAGGGUUUAAUCAAAGACCAGGCAUCGACUAUGGUGAAACUUUCAGCCCCGUAGUGAAGACUUCCACAGUCAGACUCAUCCUCUCUUUAGCCGGACUUUUCUUAAGUCAAAUGAAGUACAUUAAUGACAAUCUUUGUAAAGCAAGUAUGGAUGACGCAAAGCCUGUUGUAACUCCUCUAGCAACUCAUCCACCUUUGUCUCGUCAUGGUGAGCUAUUGUCGGAUCCCACUGAAUACCGACAACUCAUUGGCAGUCUUCAAUAUCUCAAUCUUACAAGGCUAGACGUUGCAUUUACGGUAAACAAACUAGCUCAAUAUAUGCAAAGGCCAACUAACCAACACAUGCAAGCUCUUCAUCGGCUCCUUCGAUAUCUUGAAGGCACAUUGAACAUGGGUCUGAUUAUACACAAAAACUCUCCUCUCACUCUUCAUGCGUACUCGGAUCCAAAUUGGGCAAGUGACAAAGAUGAUUAUAUCUCGACAACAGCUUAUAUUGUCUACCUAGGCAAAAAUCCAAUAUCUUGA